AUGGAGCGGCGGGUCGCGGAGCGCAAGGCAAACUUCAAAAAGAACUUCGAAGACCCUCGGAGGAAGCGCGAGGAUUUGCAGGUGCAAAUUCGAAAAACCCACAGAGAACAAAACCUCGCUAAGAAAAGAGCUGAGGCCCUAGAUGAAGCUGAAAUGGCAGCAGCGGGGGGCCCCCAGGGGGGGCCCCUGGGGGCCCCCCUGGGGGCCCCCCUGGGGGCCCCCAUGGGGGCCCCCAUGGGGGCCCCCGUGGGGGGCCCCAUGGGGGGCCUCUCGGGGGCCCCCCUAGGGGGCAUGGACUUAGCACAGGGUACUGGGGGGGCCCCCGGGGCCCCCGCGGAGUUCUCUGGAAGAGAUUUGAAGCAGCUUGUUGAGGCUUUAGGCAGCGGAGUGCCGGAGGCGGAGAUGCAGGCCACGCAGGUCUUCCGCCGCGCCCUCAGCAUAGAGAACAGCCCUCCCAUUCAAGCCGUCAUUGACGCGGGCGCCGUGCCCCACUUCGUCCGCUUCCUCUCCAUGGAGGGCCGCGAGCAGCUCCAGUUCGAAGCCGCGUGGGCCUUGACAAACAUAGCCUCGGGCACUCAGGAGCAAACCCGCGUGGUGGUGGACUGCGGGGCAGUGCCCUGCUUCGUGCAGCUGCUGAGGUCCCCCAAAGAAGAAGUUCGCGAACAGGCGGUUUGGGCUUUGGGGAAUAUUGCGGGGGACUCCCCGAGUUGCCGCGACUUGGUGCUGGACAGCGACGCCCUGCAGCCGCUGCUGGAGCAGCUUAAUACUCCCGGCUCGAAGUUGGCGAUGCUGAGGAAUGCCACGUGGACACUGUCGAACUUUUGCCGGGGCAAACCCGCACCCGCUUUUGAAAAAGUUUCUCCAGCGCUGCCGACUUUGGCGGCUUUGAUUUAUUCAGAUGAUGCGGAGGUUCUUACUGACGCCUGCUGGGCCAUUUCUUAUCUUUCCGACGGCCCCAACGAGCGCAUAGAGGCGGUGCUGCAGGCCGGGGUUUGCAGCCGUCUUGUCGAUCUCCUAAACCACCCCUCUUCUCUCGUGCAAACCCCCGCGCUGCGCGCCGUGGGCAACAUAGUCACUGGAGAUGACAGACAAACUCAAGUUGUGCUGACUUGUGGGGCCCUUCCCAAACUCCUCGCGCUGCUGUCUUCCAGCAAAAAGACUGUCCAGAAAGAAGCUUGCUGGACCAUCUCCAACAUCACUGCAGGAAGUCGAGAACAAGUGCAAGAAGUGCUGGACAGCGGGGCCGUGCCCGCGCUGCUGCACGUUUUGGAGACAGCCGAAUUUGACACAAAAAAAGAAGCAGCUUGGGCCAUCAGCAACGCCGUCAGCGGGGGCACUGAUGCCCAGGGUUUGGGGUUAGGGCGGGGUGGAGGGAGGAGGGUGGAGGGUGUAGGGCUUGGGCCAUCAGCAACGCCGUCAGCGGGGGCACUGAUGCCCAGGGCUGUGCCGAUCCGCAACUGGGUGAGGGGUUCCCCUGACGCCGCGGCGAGGGUGGAGUCGCUGGUGCGGAUGGGUUGCGUGCCGGCGCUGUGUCAGUUGCUGGGGUGUAUGGACAGCAAGAUCGUGAUGGUGUCUUUGGAAGCUUUGCAUGCAAUUUUAAAAACUGGAAAUAAAAUAAAAGAAAGAGAGGGUUUGGACUCAAACCCUUUUGUGGAUUUAAUUGAACAAGCCGACGGCGCUGCAGCUCUCGAGCGACUCCAGGAAAGCAGCAACGACAGCGUCUUCAAAAAGGUCUUCACCAUAAUUUCGACUUAUUUUCCCUAUGAAGAAGAUGAGCCAGUUGCUGCUGAGGGCCCCACAGCUUUUGGUGCUGAGGCUCCUCAGGGGGGUUUUAAGUUCAAUUGA